AACGAAAGCAGCAACAAAAACAACAACAGUACCUAAAUCAGUUUAGAACAAUUGAGAAUGGCCGAAUAUAGGCCAUCAACUUCGUGGCCCCACCGGAUGAUGAGCUUCCAGUGUCGGCAGGCGGAUCUGAAUCGCCUGGUUAUGAACUAUCUGGUUACGGAGGGCUAUCAAGAGGCCGCCAAGCGUUUCAUGACCGAGGCGGCGGUGAAGCCGGGUCCGCACAUGGACACCAUCGGGGAUCGAUUGAGGGUUCAGGAUGCCGUCCGGGUGGGUCAGGUCAAGUACGCUAUGGAUCUGGCCACACGGAUCUAUCCUCGCCUCUUCGAGACCGACAACUAUGUGUUUUUCCACAUGCAACAAUUGCGUCUGAUCGAGAUGAUCAGGGAUCAGAAGAUGGAAAAGGCCUUGAAGUUCGCCCAGAGCAAGGCAGCGGGAUUUUCCAAAGUCGAUCCAAGGCACUACCACGAAGUGGAGCGGACCAUGGGUCUGCUGGCAUUUGAUCGGCCGGAAUACAGCCCCUACGGGGAGCUUAUGUACUAUUCGUAUCGCCAAAAGGUGGCCGGUGAAAUAAAUGCAGCCAUGUUGCGCUGCCACGAGGGUGAGAGUAAGAGCAAAGAGGAGCCCAUGGAGCCAAGAAUGAUGUUCCUCAUUAAGCUGAUCCUUUGGGCCCAGGCCAAGCUGGAUCGCGAGGGAUUCACCGACUUCCACAAGCUUGAUCUUGCACACGGGGAUUUCGAGGAAGAGUUCCGCCGGAGUUUCCAGGGUUUCUAAGUCCAUAAGCAUGCCAUAAUUAUCCAACGAUCGGUCGGCGU